AUGGUGAAGGCGCGGGUGACGCGGGAGUCAGCCCAAUGGAGGAGGCAAGCCCAGGCAGUAGUUCGGUCAGCCUACACCGGCGGGGGCACCCAUCGCAGCGUCAGCAAUGCGUCUAGAAAUAGACAAAAAUCACCAGCGCCCAUACCAACUCUACACAAGAUAAGGGUAGACAUACAUGACCAACAGCCAGAGCGCCGUAUGUCACAAGUGGAUGCGGAACUCAGACGACGAUAUGACCAAGCGAUCAACGAUUGUGGUGAUGAGGACAAAAUUAUACAAAUUAGUCUGUACAUGAGUGAGUUAGAGCUCAUGCGUUCACAUUUAGACGAUCAGAUAAACGAACCGUCUCUUAAGAAUUACUCAAGACUUCGGAAUUUUCAAGACGCCUAA